AUGGAAGAGCUACUCUUCAUGAUCAAACAAACCGCAUUGGCAAUAAACGAUAUCGACCACAUACACAAAGCAUUCGUCCGGCCAAUUGCACAACCAGAAUUUCCACCUCUACCUAGCACAGCUGCGAUUCGAUUUGCAGUUGUUUGGCAUGUCGAACGGAUCUUUGAAGCAGUUGCAGUUGCUCCUAUUCCUGUUCCUGCAUGGCAAAGACGUCGUCGUCGUGAAGAUCUGGAUCGGGUGAUAAUAAGAGUAACAACAUUUGCAAGCUUCACAAGCAAUAAAUUCGAUCCGGAAACGCUUUUGAUUAUCAAGUCGUGUUUGCUGAGUUCUCCUUUCGUAUGGUAUAUUGCUAAGAUAUGUGGUUCGGAUCUGGGGUUUUUGGGACAGAUUGUGGAUGGUAGUUGGAAGGGGUUUUUGGUGGUGAUUGUGCCGUUGGUUGGUUGGCAUUUUUGGUAUUAUGGGGAGAAGUCGAGGGUUUGGGGGUUUACUGCGGUUGGUUAUGAUGGGGAGUUCUGGCCGACUGGGCCUUAG